CCGUUCUACAGACUCCAUUCAACAAACCACCAAAACUGAAACGUCGAUACUAUGGGGGCGAUGGCGAUGGCUAGUUUCUCAUAGAUCACAAACUACAAUCUUCAAAGCAAAUUGUUCGAAAGAUUACGAUGGUUAAGCGGCGCCAAAAUACUUCGAUACUCUUUCACCGGCCUGUAAUUCAUCCAAGGGUCAUGGAAGAUGGGAUUCUGUUUGGUCAAGAUUUCAUAGUUGGGAUUUGCCAACAGCAGAGUGCUACAAUGAAGUUGAUCCUCUAGCUAAAUAAAUGAUGAUGUCGAUUUGUAUAAUCAACUAUGGAAUGAAUGUGCUGGGCUUGCUGUUAUAAUUCCUCACAUAGGAGACAGGGUUUUCUACUUCCCUCAAGGCUGCCUCGAGCAGAUUAAGGCAUGCAUGGAGGAUAGAGAUGACCCAACUAUACCCAACUAUGGUUUACCUUCAAAGAUUCUUUGCAAGGUUGUUGAUGUUGACCUAAAGGCAUUCCCCGACACUGAUGAGGUGUUUGCUGAGAUUGUGUUGCUUCCAGAUCCUGAAGAACAUGAGGGGUCAACCUCUGGAAGUGUUACUCAAAAAAUUCCUGCAAAUUCUUUUCGGAAGAUUCUGACGACUUCUGAUACAAGCAAGCAUGGGGGAUGCAGCUUACCCAAGUUAUGUGUUGAGAAAGCAUUUCCACCUUUGGAUGCGACUAAAGAUCAAUCAUCCCAACGGUUAGUGGCCAAGGAUCUACAUGGGGCAAGCUGGUCUUUCCAGCAUGUCCAUCGCGGCGAUCCAAAACGACACUUGCUAGUGACGGGUUGGAGACCAUUUACAAGUUCUAAGAAGCUUAAAGCAGGAGAUGCUUGCAUUUUCAUGAGAGGAUUGGGCUCGGGUGAAAUAUAUAUCGGGGUUCAACGCACCACUAGAAUUAAAAAAGUAUGUACAGAUGUAGACGGAAACACAAUGCGACAUGGCGUACUUUUCCAUGCCUCUUAUGCAAUGAACACGAGAACCAACUUCGAAGUAAUUUACCAUCCUCGGAUGUGUGCUUCGGCUUUUAUAGUUCCUUAUAAUACGGUCAUGGAAGCACUCAACGUUAAUUAUUCUCCUGGAAUGCGUUUUGAAAUGCUUGUAGAUGAAGGAGAAGACCCAGAACAUAUACCGAAUAAAUUUUCAGGGAUGAUAACUGCAGAGGAUGAUAUUGAUCCUGCUAGGUGGCCAAAUUCUGAAUGGCGAUGCCUCAAGGUUAAAUGGGAUGUCUCAUCAUCCUGUCGUGUGCUUCCUCCUAGGGUUUCCCCGUGGGAAAUUCAACCUCUAGGUUUGGCUGUGCCACAUAGGCAAUCAUCUAUUUCCAUUGACCGAAACAGGUCAAUGGCUUCUGAGCUCAUGAUCCGCAAUAACCCGUUUUCAAGAACCAGUGAAAAUAAUCAAUGGGGUGGCUUGCAAAGUCAAUGGUUGACUCUCUCUACUUCCGAAGUUGGUAGUUCUUCGCGCCAAGAUGCGAUGGAUGUGGAUGAAGAUGAAUAAAAAGGCAAGCAUUGGAGCCAAGAUGCGUUUGUGGUUUGAUCCGGGGUUUCUGGCAAUUCAUAGGCGUUUCUGCAUCUAGGCCCGUUUAUGUUAAUAUAGUAGUGUACCUCUUGUUUUAUGGUUUGGAAAAUGUUCGUGAUGGUUUCGUACAAUUUGGUUUUGUUUUCUUUAAACAUGUUAUCAGAUUUGAAUGUUUGCACAUUCGUGUUUUGUUGAUCUUUUAUGAUUGUGUUCAUGGGAAACGCGUUGACUCUA